GACAACGGCUGCAGCUUGUUUCCGUGACUGAAGCAGAGGAGGAGCAGGGAACCUAGCAAAGCAUGCGGCUCGUUAGUUAAACGAUGUUUUACCAGCUAGUUAAUAUAAUAACAAACAACAUGACAAGGGAGUGACUCCUCGUGCUGUUUUUUUUUUGUCGGCGGUGAGCGCGCGCCAUGACCGUCCGCUUCAAGGGUCAGAGUGAAUACCAAAAGAGCUACAGGGUUUCCCGGUCCAGAAGUGUGUCUCCUCAGCGCUGUGCUCCGUUGGCCGGCCUGCGCUCCGACCAGAUGGGUAUCAGCAGAGAACCGAGUCUCCAACGUCGAAAAAGGCUCGAACCUGGUGGUAUUCAGUCCUGCAGCUCUCUCCUCUGUCCUCCAGAUCCGCACCAUAUUCUCCCUCAGCCGACUCCUCAAGCACACAGAACUUCGGCCUCCAAGAGUCACUCAGCCCACAGGAAGGGACCUUCCCUGGAGCCACAACCCCCAACACCUCCUGGAGCACGAGAAGACCCUGGAUCUCGUGCAGACUCAGGACCUCCAGCAGGACCACGACCUGCUGCAGACUCAGGACCUCCAGCAGGACCACGACCUGCUGCAGACUCAGGACCUGGGUCUGCAAGAGAUCCAGGAGCCAAUGGAAAAUCUGUGAAGCCCCACCCCUCCAAGCCUGACAGCCAACCACACCUUAGCCAAACUUUGACAGCAGCGCCUGAUGGACAGCAGCCCUCGGCCAAUGAGGUUCAGCAUGCUCUGCGGUGGAGGGCGGGGCUGAGGUCGGGAGGUCAAAGGUCAGGAGGUCAUAGGUCAGAGUACCUCAGACAGUUUGGCUGGAAGAAACCCGCGACAGCUGCUUCACCCCUACUGACUGCAGAACAGGUGCUUCACUCCAGCAGCAGAUCUGUGCCCCCCUUUAAGAAGAACCCCUUUUCCAUGGACACUGAGUAUCGGCGGAGCUUCCAGGGUCUGGCCCCGCCUCCUAAGCCCCGCCUUCGUAAACUACUAGAACAGCAGAGAGUCCCACUGUUCCACACACACGUGAGCAACAAAAAGAGGAGGGAGGAGUCAGUGAAGAAGCCCCGCUCCAAUCCGGAGAAAGAUGAUGCCACGCCCCCUCCUCCUCCUCCUCAGGUGCAGAGAGGACACAGGAUGUUGACUGAGUAUGAGUCGAGCUUUCGUUCUCCCCUCUACAGGAUCCCGGAGGAAGGCGGAGCCACACACAGCGAUGCCCUUCAGGUGAAGGAGUUGAGGCAGAAGGCCUUGUCGUACCGCCGUCGAGCCUGGGGAGCGAAUUUCUGCAGAGAUCACCUGAGCCAGCUGCUGUCUGAACACAACGCUCUGUGGGAGCCAACAGAAACCACAGACUCUGCCACUGACCCCCCCUCCCCCCGCCUCGCCUCCGAUCACGACCCAGACAGCCGCAGCACUUCCUGUGUGGAGGCCCUGGACCUGGCCAGCCGCUCCAGUAACUCCAGUAAGAGGUCUUCUGUUGCGGGGUCAGCAGAAAUAACCAGAACAAACAAAAACACACAAAUAAAAGCACAAACACCUCCAAGUCCUCCUGCUGAAAGGCAUACGGCCUGGGGAGAAGAAGAAGAAGAAAAUACACACGAGGAGGAGGGAAGGUUACCGACUCCGAGGUUGAAGAUGCUACCAGUUCAGAGAACUCACCAUGACCUCACCACACCUGCCACCGGAGGCGCUAUACUAGUGGGAAAACUGAAGAGCAGUGAUGAAUCUUCACCAUUCAAACAGAGGUGCGGGUCAGCCGUGUCUAUGGCAGCGGGGGCGGAGACCGCGCUAGACGUGCCGGUCAAACGGAAGGAGGCGUGGUCAGAGAAUAACUCCCCUCACGCACCUUCAUCUGGCCCCUCGCCCGACCACAAACCAGCUGCCAGUCCUCCCUCUAAACCAAUCAGGACGAAGCAAACGCCUCCACCCGCUGUAGCCCCGCCCCCUCUGGUCCCACCCCCGCCGCACUGUAUCCAAGGCACUCUGAGACACCCCGACUUCCAACACAACGGUGAGUUGGGUCUGAGGUUCAGGGAGCGGCAGUGUUCAGGAGGAGGCUGCGGCUCUGAUGACGACGACCGCCUGUCGGUGAUGUCGUGCCGUUCGGCAGCUUCCUGCUCCGUGGCGUCCGCCGUGCUGGAGCGUGCUCAAAAGAGACGAGAGAACUUCUGGGGGAAGAGAUGACCUCUGACCUCCUAAACCCUAAGCAGCGCACCGCUGUCGCUAUGGAAACCAGCGCGUCGUCGUAGAGUUUAUAGUGGAUCAGUCACUGCUGUAGAAGAAUUAGUGAGGAUAUUUUUUAAACAGAUGAAAGUGCUUAAUUUAAAUAGUGGGAAUAAUGUAUAUUUAUAGAUUAAUGUAAGAUAAUUGUACUGUUCCUUUUUAAACUACACUUUUGUAAUAGAUGUUUUUAUAAAUAUAGUAAUUUUGUGUAUUCAGUAAUUAUGUUGCUCACUGCGUGUUUGCAGAGAUAAAAGUGACAUAAACACAGACUGAUUUUAGCUUUUGUGGUAUACAAAUCCUGAAAAUAAUGAGUUUAAGUUACUAAAAAUAAAAUAAGAAUGUGAGCAUGAA